UGAAAGUCUACAGAGAACGGAAUUGGUAUUCCGAGCAGUCCAGGAGCUCGGCGAAAGCCACAAGCUGAACGCGAGCUAGGCACCUCGCCUUCCGCCGCACGUCGCUCGAAUAUACAGACCCUUACUGGGACAUAACUCUACUGAUCUACCAUAUAUGCACUUAUUGCUUUCAGAAGAGUGUCUCAAUCUAAUCAACAUGUCAUACUCGUUGCGACAUUCCCCCCAUCGAGUGGCACAUGCAUUUGUCUACACACAGCAAGCCCCAUGGAGCAGCAUAGCCUAUGGACUCUCCCGCGCCAUAAGCGAACCGGAGGAGGCGUUUCGCCAAUGGGCCGAUGCACAAAUAGUGAUGAACGCUUCCAUCGGGCUCGUGGGAUCGAUUGUCUCCGCAGUUGUCGCCUCGCUCCUCACAUACGAGUCCACCCAAGCGUCCCCGUGGACAGCCUCAGCAGCGCUCUACGCCGCCCUGACCUUCUCACUAAUGGGCAUAGUAUCGGCCUUCCAGCAAAAUAUUUUUGUGGAAUCCGCGCUUCUUCGCCCGACGAUUCGGGAGCAAGCUAACCAUAUCUUCGGAAUCGUAGAGCACCCCGAAGACAAGAAUCACGUAGCAGCGACAGUGAGAAGAUGUGCGUUUGCGCUGAGGAUUCCAGAGCUACUGCUCACGUGUGGCAUAUUUUGCCUUUUUGUGGGGCUAAGUGUCGUGGCAAUUAGUCCGUUGUGGGAUCGCGGAGAUGCUUCGGUGUGGGAUGGUCAACAGAAGAUCGCGGUAACCUACAUCAUUGCCCUGUUUAUAGGCAUAGUUGCAUACUUACUUGGUAUCGUAUCGCAGAUAAAUUGACUUGUAAAUACAAUAGCCCACGCGAUUGAAUUAUAAACUCCGUAAAAAGGU